AUGCUACGCUUAAUAGCUUCAAGGUUCUCUUCCAGCCUGCUUCUUGUUCCACCUAUCCCAAGCACGCCCAUCCAAGACCUUCCUAGAGUUAAAGUAGUUUUAAAAAAGGAGCCGUCUGUGGAGAUUACAGAACCAAAAGAGAUUUGGCUCAGCAAAAAGUUGGCCGAUUCCGGAAUUUGCUCUAGAGCUCAAGCUGAAAGAUUUAUUGAAGCUGGUAUGAUUUCGGCAAACAAUAAAAUUGCCUGGAAAAACAUCAAAAUACUUGAUAAUACUCCUAUCAAAUUUCACCAGAGAAAUGAUUAUAAUACAAAUAAGCUCCCUUUAUCUGAGCAUAUCAAAAUUUGGACCUUUUAUAAGCCAAGGGAUGUGAGUUCAUAUAUUGAUGGAGACAAGCCAACAGUGUUUCAGUUUUUAAGGAAUAUUGGAUUUCCUAAUAUUGAAUACUACAGCGUUGGAAGGCUUGAUUUUCGAUCUGAAGGCUUAAUGCUAUUAACAAAUGAUAAAGACACAGCAGUUGCUUUAGAUGAAGCUGCUUCUGGCUUGAAAAGAGAAUAUAAAAUAAGAGUUUGUGGGAAACUUAGGGAUGAAAUACUUGAAGCAAUAAGAAGGGGUGCUUCUAAAGGCAAAAAAUUCAGGCCGAUGAUUGUAAGAGCUAUAUAGGUUUGGGCAAAUACAAAAAAGACCAAAAAUAUUUGGCUUAAAGCGAUCUUAAAAAGGACUAGAAGUAGGGAAUUGAGAAGAGUAUUUGAAAACUACAGACUUAGAGUAAAUAGGCUUGUCAGGCUAUCAUAUGGACCAUAUCGAUUGGAUGGAUUGAAGCCUGGAGAGUAUCUUGAAACACACCUUGAAAAAUCUUUGCAUCAAGUAAUGUUUUAUCACUACAAAGCAAUUGCUGAGAAGCAGUAG